UUAGUAACAAACUCAAACUCCAACCGGCACCUGCCAUCAAAUAGUGUGUGACUCUAUGAAACAAAUAGUGUCGGCGAUGCAACCGGUGACUGCUGAGAAUGGAGGCGCCACCCAGUUUCUUCUUGUCCCAAAACAGAUCCCUCACUCUCAAACCCUCUUCUCCCCUUCACUCCCACUUCCUCCUUCCCAAUUCCAAUAAGAACAACGACAAAAACCGCUUCUCUUCUACGUGCGAGAUCAAGAGCAACCUCCGCAACUGGUCAAUUGAGCACGUGCGGGAAAUGAACAAAGACACUUCCAUUCACGGUAACAACAACUCUUCCUCCUCCUCAUUUUCUUCUUCGUUGGUCUCUGUCUCCGCUGCUACUUCAUCUGAAUUCCGCACCAAGAAUGCUAAAAAGGUUGUUCUCUUUUUCUGCGACGAGACCAAGUCCCUUGCUCAGAAAAUCGCCUCUGAAUCUGACACCAUCGAACUCCGCACUAUCUCUUGGGGAAAGUUUCCUGAUGGUUUUCCCAACAUAUUCAUUCCAAAUGCUCAAAGUAUUCGUGGACAGCAUGUAGCUUUUCUGGCAUCGUUCAGUUCUCCAGCAGUGAUUUUUGAGCAGAUACCUGUUAUUUAUCAAUUGCCGAAACUGUUUAUUUCCUCGUUUACCCUUGUCCUUCCGUUCUUCCCCACUGGCACUUCUGAAAGAAUGGAAGAUGAAGGAGAUAUUGCUACGGCUUUUACUUUGGCUAGGCUUUUGUCGAACAUACCAAUUUCUAGGGGAGGACCUACUAGUUUGGUGACAUUUGAUAUUCAUGCUUUGCAGGAGAGAUUCUACUUUGGCGAUAACAUUCUACCGUGCUUUGAGAGUGGCAUACCAUUGCUUAAAAGAAGGCUUCAAGAUCUCCCUGAUUCUGACAAUAUAUCAAUUGCUUUUCCUGAUGAUGGUGCUUGGAAACGAUUUCAUAAGCAACUCCAGCAUUUUCCAACGAUAGUUUGUGCAAAAGUUAGGGAAGGAGAUCAACGGAUUGUUCGUAUUAAGGAGGGAGAUCCGAGUGCUCGGCAUGUUGUGAUUGUUGAUGAUUUGGUUCAAUCGGGUGGAACUCUAGUAGAAUGUCAGAAAGUUUUGGCAGCUCAUGGAGCAGAAAAGAUUAGUGCUUAUGUAACGCAUGGCAUUUUUCCAAAUAAAUCAUGGGCGCGCUUUGAACAUGACAAUGGAGGGAAUCCAGAGAGUGCAUUCACCUACUUCUGGAUCACAGAUUCAUGCCCAUUGACAGUGAAGGAGGUGACGAACAAGCCGCCAUUUGAGGUUCUCAGUCUUGCAAGCUCUAUAUCAGCCAGUCUCCAAAUCUGAAAAAGGAACACAAUGUUAUUAUUAUUAUUAAUCUCAUCCUCAAAAUAAAUAAGGACAAAAGAAGUAGAAAAUCCUCUUCUUCAUAGAGAUAGAGCUCUUUUAGCAUGCGGCUUAUACUAGCAACUUUCAAAGGGGUAAAAAAAAAAAAAGAAAAAAGAAGCUUUGCCAAGGCCAACAUCUACCUUGAUUUGCUUUCAUGCAGCUUAAUGUUUGUUAAUAGAAAGUAGUUUAUUAAACAUAAUCAUGUACCUUUUUUUUUGGCCUUUUGGAUUUUGGUAGUUUAAAUCUUGUGUGUUCUUUGUGUGUAAAUGUACAAGAAUAAUGAAUGCUGAUUUGUGCACCUUUGGUUCCAACC